AUGGGGCCUCCCCAACUGUCAGAUGUUGUCAGAUGGCAGGUUAUGGGCAUGCGGAAUGCGGGUAUGUCCCUGAGAGCCAUCGCAAGAAAUGUUGGCCAUCAUGCAUCCACCAUCAGCCGAUUGGUCCGGAAACAUCAACAAACCAAUGACUUUAAGGACCGUAAUCGUUCCGGACGACCACGUGUGACAAGUCAUAGGGAAGAUAUCGCCCUUCUGAGACUCACCAGGAUUCAUCCGUUCAUGAGAAGUGGCGUGUUGAAACGAGAAUGGCUGCCAAAUCGUCGUCUUUCAGACAGAAUGGUGCGGAAUCGACUCAAGACAGCUGGGUAUAGAGCCAGACGACCCGUCCGACGUCCGUUGUUAACCCGUGCUCACAUUGCCGCACGGCUGGCCUGGUGUCAACAGCGACGUCCAUGGAAUUUAGCAUCAUGGCGGAGAAUACACUGGUCGAACGAGAGUCGAUUUCUGUUGUUCAUGACUGAAGGUAGAGCCCGUGUCUAG